UUUAAUUUAGGGUUCAUGAGCAAAGGGGUGGGAGGAGCGCUUCCAUCGGAUCCGCGCCUGCCGUCGGCGGCCCGGCCGUAUGUCCCGCCGGUGGUGCUUCCGCAGGAUCUUCCUCCGGAUUACUCGAGCUUGCUGGCGGUGAUGUUUGGAAUUCUCGGCAUCAUGCUCCGGAACAAGAUCGGAUCGUGGCUCGCCCUCAUUUUUUGCGCGCAAUCGCUCGCGAACAUGAAGAAUUUGGAGAACGAUCUCAAGCAAGUGGUCAUGGCACUGGCGUUUGUGGUGAUGGGUAUGGCGACGAACUAUCUAAGCGCGCAGAGAUCGUCCGCUACUACAUGAUACAUUCUCUAGUGUCAUGUAAGAAACAGUCGUGACAAUUUUAAACUCUAUGAUUAGCUUUUGACACAAGAGCUCGAUCUAACUUCUAGACGCUUGAGACGAUCCUCCAGAACGAUCUCAUGAUCCAGUUCUUCGUAGCUUGCAUCUACAUUCUUGAGAAAAGGUUAAAAAGUAUAUUGGCUUCAUCCAGGUUCGAACUGGAGACCAUAUAUUUGCCGGGGUUCUUUAUUAGGGCAACAUAAGCCUGCGCCCUAUCCCACAUGCGAAGGCGCAGAAUCGUGCCGGGCUUGAGUAUAUAAACAGAGGGUUGAGCGAUGAAAAUUCAUACCUUUCUCGGCCUUUUGGCUAAGAUCAAGUGUAGUAUCUGUUCUUAUCAGUUUAAUAGCUGAUAUGGGACCACGUGUCCCAACGCUAUUAACCUAAUUUUUUGUGAGAGGAGGGCCACCGGUAGCUUGCUACCUGGUCCUCCACGUGUCGCUUUGGCCUUACACUACCGCCUUAGCCUGGCACAACCCAA